CAAUUUAGCAUUUCACUUACAAAUAUGGAUUGCCUCAUCACCACUCUUCCAUUGCUCCUCCUCCUCAGCCUCUUCGCAUCUAGCUCCGCCGUCAACUUUGAAGUUCAAAACAACUGCCCCUACACCGUUUGGGCGGCCGCAACCCCAGUUGGCGGCGGCCAGCAGCUCAACCAAGGCCAAAGCUGGAACAUCAACGUGCCACGCGGCACAGCCAUGGCACGUAUAUGGGGUCGCAAAAACUGCAACUUUGAUGGUAGCGGAAGGGGUGGGUGCGAGACCGGCGACUGCGGUGGGGUGUUACAGUGCACCGGGUGGGGCAAAGCGCCGAACACCCUGGCUGAAUUCUCCCUAAACCAAUUCAACAACCACGACUUCUUCGACAUCUCCAACAUCGACUGUUUCAACAUCCCCAUGAGCUUUGGCCCCACCAGACCCGGUGCCGAUAAAUGCCACCCAGUCUCAUGCACGGCGGAUAUCGUCGGUGAAUGCCUUGCCCCUCUCAGGGUUGCCGGAGGGUGUAACAACGCUUGCCCCACCUUUGGAAGCCCAGAAUUUUGUUGCCGCCCCAAUAAUGUACCAUGUAAUCCUACAGAUUAUUCAAGGUUUUUCAAGACCAGAUGCCCUGAUGCUUAUAGUUAUCCUAAGGAUGAUGAAACCAGCCUUAUGUCUUGCCCUGGAGACACCACUGAUUAUAGGGUUGUCUUCUGCCCAUAAUCAAAUUAAUCAACUACGGAUUUGUGGAAGUAUUAAUGCCUUAGCUUAUAAUGUUAAGCAUAAAGGCUUUAAAUAAAUCUUAUGAAUAA